CUGAACUCGAAACUCAUCUUCGAGGCAUCGGCCGGGAAUGAAUCAGGGUAGCAACUAAACUCCAGGAACACAACCGAUAGUCACUCAGCAACUGAGCCAGCACACCAACAGAAAUCAGCAACUGAAUUGUCUAGCUAGCAGAGAGAUCCUUACCUUCGAUGCUCACAAAACUCGAUUUGAGAAAACAAAAACAAAAACGACAUCAAGCAAAAGAAACAGCAAUCAAACUCCUACAAACACCAUGAUGAACCUCAAGAGCGCAAUCAUCCUGAUUGCCAUCCAGGCUAUCUGCGUGUUGAGCAUCAGUGCUUUCACAGCAGUUUCAGUACCCCAGACAGGUUUGAAGUCGUCUUCAUCGUUGCAUGCUUAUGUUCCUGAUGGUUUAACUGCAGCAGAAUACCAGAAGAUCAAGGCACAAGACAGGAAGAACUUGGGAAAAGAUUUGGGAAGGCUAGGUCCUCGUGGCUUCAAGUCUCGAUCCAUGCAAGCAUGGCAAGAGGCAUUUGAAAGAGGUGAGGCAGGUCAUACUUUUGCUCCAUUUGGGUACAGAGCACAGCUCAAGAAGGGCGAGAUCAAGGACGAGGAUGUGCCCUACAUGGUCCGAGGAGGAUCUUGGGAUAAUGGUGAUGUCUUUGGAGCCAAGCGCCUUCCUUGGCUGAAGACGGAUAAGGAGUAUGCUCGAGGUGGAUACAAGAAAGAGCAGAGCGCCUCUAUUAUUGGAUCGGGGGCUGGCUUCAAUUGGACUGGCGAAAGGAACGAGGCGAUUGGUAAUGUGAAGAAGAUUGUGCCUGGUUUGAGUUGAACGCACAAACCUCCAAAGAAUGAGUACCUUGCUCGUUACAUGUAAGUAGAUCAAACGAUAAAAUGAAAUAGAAGAAGCAAUUG